GUGUGUAACCAUUGUUUUCAUUAUUAUUACUUUUUUUUUUGUAGUAUCUGCUUUCCUUUUCUCUCUCCUUUUUUUUCUUUAUUUUUCUUUUUCUCUCUUUCCGUUCACUUUAAUACAAUGAAGCUUUCUAUUGCUGCUCUUUCUGCACUCCUUUUAUCUUCUGCAGUUUCUUUCACUGCUGCUGAUUCAUACUCUGACGCUAUCAAAUCAUGGUGUCAAGGUCUCGAUGUCACUGCUCCUUCCUCUUCUACUGUUGCUGUUGCUGGUCAAAAGGCAAAGAUUACAGUCACUAGAAAAGCUGAUCAACGUACAAAAACCAUUACUGGCUUGGAUUUAUACUCUGUCUCUAGUGCUGGUAAAGCUACUUAUGUUCAAAAUGUCUGGAAGGGUAACUACGCUCUCAAGACAUCUGCUAGUAUUCAAAACGCUCUUCCCUCUAAUUUGAAGGCCGGUCUUUACUACUACCGUGUUUGGGUUACCAAUUUGGUGAAUGGUCAACAUGGCCCUGAUUGUAUUGAAACCUCUCAUACAUUCAAGGUCACUACUGGAUCUCAUACAAAUGCUGUUGGUGAAAUUGAAUAUGCUGAAUCACUUCAUGACAAUGCCAUCUAUUCCCCUGAACAUUAUGAUGGUUGUUUCGGUCUCAGUGUCGACUAUCCUGCUGAAGGUAGUGUCUUCAAGCCCAAUGACCACGUCCAUAUCCAAGCCAACCGUGACGAUUCUUCCCAGACAGAUGAGGUGACCAUGAUUCAAUUGUACAAGGGCCAACAGUUGAUUGCUACUGCCUGGAGGGGUGCUGAAGCUAUUCAGAAAUCAUUUGCUUUGAAGGAUCAUUUGAUCUUGCCUAAUGUUGAUACCACCGCUGAUUACCAUUACAAGGUCUAUGCUACUUCCAAGAAAGCUAACAAGACUUGUGUAUUCGAGUCCAAGAACUUUAAGGUUCAAAACGAAUAAAAAAAAAAAGUUGUUUUAUUUUC